AAAUAUUUUCAUAAAUGUCUUCAUGAAACAAUAUAUUAGAUGUAUUCAAUGUCCUACUACUCAAUAUGCAAGCAAAAACAUUUUUUGCAUUGGAAAUAUUUAUAGUAUUAUCUACAACAUUAUGUGUAAUAGUAAGUGCAUCUAUAUGGGCAACACCAGCACAAGAAGCGCUAGAUGAAAGGCAUGAUGCCGAAAUUUUAAAAGCGGUUAUAACAUCCAUGGAACAAUGGAGAAAACACAAAGCACAUCCUCGUCACAAACGAGCUGAAACAAAUACAUGUUAUGGUGAUUUAGGAUGUUUUGAUGCGAAAGGACCAUUCAGUUAUUUAGACAUGACACCAAGUCCACCAGACGAUAUCCGAACACGGUUUUUAAUGUAUCCUGGUAAACGUGCUGGUCGAUCAAAGAAUCUAUUAGAUGUGCCAUUUGAAAAUAUGACAACAGCAUGGGAAUGGGCUCAUCAAGGUGGUUUUAAUAAGUCAUUACCCACGAAAGUGAUUGUUCAUGGCUUCGGCAGUUCAUGUACAAGCGUAUGGGUGUAUGAAAUGCGGAGUGCAUUGAUGUCUGUUGAAGAAUGUAAUAUAAUUUGUGUAGAUUGGGAAGCAGGUGCUGUUAUACCCAAUUAUGUACGUGCAGCUGCGAAUACACGUUUAGUUGGCGCACAAUUAGCACGAUUAUUACGUGGAUUACAUGAGAACUCUGGUCUAUCAUUGCAUAAUAUGCAUUUAAUUGGUUUUAGUUUAGGCGCACACGUAGCUGGUUUUACAGGCACUGAGUUGGGUGGGAAUAUCAGCCGAAUAACAGGUUUAGAUCCUGCUGGUCCAUUAUUUGAAUCGCAAGACCCAAGAGCACGUUUGGAUUCUUCAGAUGCAUUAUUUGUCGAUGUAGUCCAUAGCAAUGGCGAAAAUUUAAUUUUAGGUGGUCUUGGAUCAUGGCAACCGAUGGGACAUGUAGAUUUUUAUCCAAACGGUGGUCGAAUGCAAAAAGGAUGCUCAAAUUUAUUUGUAGGAGCAGUUAGUGAUAUAAUUUGGUCAUCAGCCGUGGAAGGCCGAUCACUAUGCAAUCAUCGACGUGCUUACAAGUUUUUUACAGACUCAGUAUCACCCAAAUGUCAAUUUCCAGCAUUUCCUUGUGAAUCUUAUGAAAAAUUUCUUGCAGGAAAAUGUUUUCCAUGUACAGCAGGAAGGCAAUGUGGAAAUAUGGGUUACUAUGCGGACAAAUCAACAGCACGUGGUCAAUUAUAUCUUAUAACGCGUGAUGAAGAACCAUUUUGUGCUCACCAAUAUCAUGUAAAAAUUGAAAGUUCUCCAAGUGAUGUACCAGUUGUAAGUUAUGGAAAAAUUUUAAUUGCAAUAGUUGGAGAGUCAGAAUUAAAUGAGACAUUUACAAUGACCCAUAAAGAUGAUGCUGAACUAGUUUUGGGUGGAUCAUUAUCAAAAAUUCUUGUACCUCAUCCAGUAUUAGGUGAACCAACAAAAAUACAAAUAUUAUACAUAGCUUACAGUGGAUGGUUAUCGUCUGGUUUAGCACGUUGGAAAAUUGAUAAAGUUUCUUUCACUGAUAGUUUUGGUAGAGUUUUAUCUGUCUGCCAAAAAGGUUUGGAUUUAGAAACGGGUAAAUCAGUUCUUUUACCAUUACAUGAAGGUGAUUGUGAACCAUCAACGACUGAAAAUCAGGAUACACCAUCAAAAAAUUUAACAAAUAAUUAUGAACCUGAAGCUAUUGAAUCCACAUCACGACAAAAUGGAACAAAAAAGAAAUUGGAAGCUUAUAAAAGUAUAACCAGCUCAAAUAAAUUUAUACCAACACCGGUAAUAAAAAUUGGUAAUGAAGCCGUAAACACUGUGUUCUCAGAAGACCGUAAAGAUGAUUUUGAAAUAAUAAAAAAUGAUUCAACAUUUAAUAUACCAUGGAAGCCAAUUGAUGGUGAAUACUUUGGUGAAAAUUCAUUAGAUGAGACUGAAGAAGAAAAAGAAUCAAGUAGAGCUCUAAAUACUAGAGCUGUAAAGAAAACUACUUUAAAUAAUACAAAUUCAUCAAUAUCGAUAAUGCAUAAAGAAGUCGUUGAACCUAUACUAAAACCGAAUCAAUUAGCAAAUAAAAUUGCACGAUCGCAUAAUAUAAAUACCGUUAAAACAAAACAUGAAAUCUCCGAGCCAAUAUUAUUAUCAACAACAACGAAAUCAAAUAAUAAUGGAAUUCCAUCAUCAACAACAUAUCUUAAAACCUACUCAACAAGUCAUAACAAUGAUUGGAUUCCAACAAUCACAUCACAAAAAACACCACCAAAACUUCCGAUAAGUAUAUGGAACGAGAAUAAAAAUAACACCCUUAACUUAAAAAUAUCAAAUACGUCCACAGUUGGACCACGGAAUAAACGAAAUUAUACAAGCGGAAAUUAUCGAAACAGUCGAACAAAUACAAACAAUAAUAUCCAUAAUUUUAAUUUAACGUUUGACGAUAAUUCCAAAUCACAAAACAAUAAUAUUAUCUCAAUAACUGUGCAGUUACUACCCCAUCGAUUAGCUAACAUGUUGGAACAAGCUGAACGUUAUGCACGUAUGACAUUAUUACCAUUAAUUAGUGCGCAUACUCCAAAAAUUUUAAGUGAUUUUGUGAGUACAUUUACUAAUGAACAUAAUACACCGAAAUACUUACCAUUACCAUUUCAAGAAAUCGAAUUGAAAUCAACCGAACAAACAAUUAGCCAUCAAGAACCACAUUCAACCACAAUUUGGAAUGAAAUUAUGGAUCAAUUGGAUAUUUCCAAUUCAAUAAAUGAAACAUAUAUUUCAGAUGAUUUAAAAAAUGAUACACAGAUUUUUACAACUGAAAGUAGUGUUGAUAUUACAACACAAAAUAAUGAAUCGUUAUUUAUUGUUUAUCCAGUUUCAACAGAAAAUUCAAAUAAUAAUAUAUCAGUGCCAAAAUCGGUUAAUAUUUUUGUAGAUACAAAUAAUACUUUUGAUAAUAAUUUAAACAUUGGUGAAAUAAUUACACCUAAAAUGAAUAAGACAAGUAUGGAGAAAAAGUCAAAAUAUAUUCCCUUAAAUUUUGAUACUGCAAUGAAUAAUUCAUCUAAUAAUUAA